AUGAGAUCCGAGACGUUGACGCUGGUGCUGGUGAACCUGGCGGGGAUAAUGGAGAGGGCGGACGAGUCCCUGCUCCCGGGCGUGUACAGGGAGGUCGGCGCCGCCCUGCACACGGACCCGACGGGUCUCGGGUCGCUGACCCUCAUCCGGUCCGCCGUCCAGUCUUGCUGCUACCCCGUCGCCGCUUACCUCGCGACCCGCCACGACCGUGCCCGCGUCAUAGCUCUCGGCGCCUUCCUCUGGGCCGCCGCCACUUUCCUAGUGGCUGUUUCCUCCACUUUCCUGCAGGUAGCAAUUUCAAGAGGCUUGAAUGGUGUCGGACUUGCAAUAGUGAUACCUGCUAUUCAGUCCCUCAUUGCGGACUGCACAGAUGAGAGCAACCGUGGGAUGGCGUUUGGAUGGCUGCAGCUAACAGGGAACCUUGGCUCCAUCUUUGGAUCGCUGUGUUCUGUUUUAAUUGCCUCAACAUCAUUCCUGGGAAUCCCUGGUUGGAGAAUUGCUUUUCACCUGGUUGGAUUAGUCAGUGUCAUCGUUGGUAUUCUAGUGCAGCUCUUUGCAAGCGAUCCUCAAUUUUCUGAUGACAGUAACUUAGUUAAAGAUCGGAAUUCGCACAAGCCCUUCUGGUCAGAUGUCAAAGACCUGGUUAAAGAAUCGAAAUCUGUCAUCAGAAUCCCGUCUUUUCAGAUAAUAGUGGCUCAGGGUGUAUUUGGAUCAUUCUCAGGGUCAGCCCUUUCAUUUGCCCCAAUGUGGUUGGAGCUCAUCGGCUUCUCGCACAGUACGACAGCUUUCCUCAUGACGGUCUACAUCAUCGCCUUCUCACUUGGUGGUCUAUUUGGAGGUUGGAUGGGGGACGUUCUUGCUAAGCACUUGCCCAACUCGGGAAGAAUAAUCUUGUCGCAGAUAAGCACUGCUUCGGCCAUUCCUUUAGCUGCGAUUUUGCUUCUAGCAUUGCCCGAUGAUCCUUCCACAGCCUUCAUGCAUGGUCUUGUUUUAUUUAUCAUGGGGCUGUGCACAUCCUGGUGUGCCCCGGCCACAAACAAUCCAAUAUUUGCAGAGAUCGUCCCUGAGAAAUCCAGAACCAGCAUCUACGCACUGGACAACUCUUUUGAGUCCAUCCUGGCAUCAUUUGCUCCCCCGCUGGUCGGUAUUCUCGCUCAGCAUAUAUAUGGGUAUAAACCCAUCCCCAAGGGAUCAUCCGACUCGAUAGAGAUCGAGACAGACAGAGAAAAUGCUGCAUCACUUGCCAAGGCACUUUAUGCUGCUAUGGGCAUUCCAAUGGCCAUCUGUUGCUUUAUUUACUCUUUCCUCUACUGUACGUACUGGAGAGAUAGAGAGCAUGCUAGAAUGGAUGCGCUCACGGAAAUGCAGCAGAUUGAGGUUGAUAGCCCCUAUACAGGCGAAGAUAUUACCGACCUUAUAGCAAAUGGUGCUUAUGAGAAGGCAAGGAGCACAAUCGACAGAGACUAUGGAACAGAGGAAUGGGUUGAUUUGGAUGACAACGACGAGAAAUCUCUGCUUUCCAGGCAACAAACUUUAACAGACAUCGGAGAAUAAUGUGGAACCCGCAAUACGCAUGAAUCUUUGCGGGCUUGUAAACAAGCAAUCAUUAUCACGAACUCUCCAGGACUUGUCUCUCUGUACUGUCUCGUAUGACAGGGAUUUCGCCUAUGCGACCGCACACUACAUCACGAGGAGGUUCAAGUUGGCGACCACCACUAUAGAGUACCUCCCAACUCGUUAUCGUGUAACUUCUGAGUCAGAUUGAUUUCGGACCGCCCACCAUUCGAAUUCAUGUAUUGAGUACACUUGAACUGACUGAAACAGGGAGACUGGUUUAAUCAAUGUACUGAUCUUUUCAAGUCCAUUUUCACUGAAG